GAUAAGAAUUUUGACUCUAUUGAUCAUGAUUUUAUCGCGGAUAUGAAGAUUUCGGAUAGAGAUUUACUUUUACUGCAUAUUUCUUUCGAAAGAACGUUAAUCAAGUAUACUAACUGGGAAAUUGAUACGACGAAAGAUAUUUGUAAGGGUUUGUUCAAGGAGGAAAUAAAUGGCCUAUCAACGGACGAAACCGCUGCGACCACAAUACGCGUUGACGACCUUCAGGGAUCGCGAUGUUUCGUUAAACUUAUGAGUUCAAAUGUCUUCCUUCUUGUUUUUGUCCCCUCACUCAUGACUUUGUUAAAUGAGAUGAUCCAAAAAAAAGGGAAGUACGUUGAGGACAAACCGUGUUACUUGAGCUUGUUUAUAUUUUUAUGUGAGCGACAAAAGCCGCUAUACGGUGAACCUAAAGAGGGGCCUAAUUCUUUCCAAGAAGGUUUGCUCGAUCUUGAACUUUCAAAUCCAUUGGGAAGUUCGUUGAAGCCAAGGUUAAUUGGAGGCUCGGUAAAUAAGGGCACAUGUAAUCAAGCUGACCAACAAGACCAGGAGGUGCAGGAAAAUAAAUUCGACAGAGCCAUUCAAAUUGUGUCGAAUUUAUAUGCCCGUGGAUUUGUAAAGUCAAUUUACUCAAGUAUUUUGCAAAAGCGUAAAGUGAAAGUAGAGGAUUUUCGUAUGGCUAUUGAUGCGUGCGAACAAAUUAAUCUCAAUAUCGACAUUACCGGGUAUGUGAAUGUGCAUGUUUUGGGGGGCGCGGAAAAAGAAGAUGCAAAUGACGUCUAUCAAAAGUUUGCCGCCGUACUUGGUCAUUUUUUUGAACCUGCCAACUUUGACGGAGAUGGAUUGGAAGAUACCUAUUAUUAUUAUCGCAUAAAGAAAUUGAGCACCGAUGUUAUUGACAAUACCGAUAUCUUUGGAAAUUUUUUGGAGACAUUCAAUUGUUCAGAAAACCCGUUGUUCAUCCGAUUGGAGUGUAUUUUCAGAAAGCCUCUGUCAGAACACGCUGACUCUGAUCCUAACCCAAAAGAAUUCAAAGUUGCGGGAUAUGAGGUCGUCCGGUUUCCCGUGGCAAGUUUACCUAUAACAUAUCAUUGUGAGUCAGAAGGUAGAUCAUAUGAUUUUACACCUAAAUCAAUUGGGACCGACGCUUCUCCGGUCGAGUCGUCAGACGGCACGACAGCUACUUUACGAAUAAUUUGCCUAGCAUUGCCACGGGUGGAGGAUAUCGGUGAAGAAGACUAUGGCUUGGAAAGACUAUUUGAAAAAUCAGAUGAUGAUUUGUUUGAUAAGUCCGAUGAUCGAAUCAAUUCAAGCUUGAACUUAUUGACCACGGAUAAACGAGAGGCCUUAAUAGAAAGCAUUGAUCGAAUUGACUGGCUAUUAAAAGAGGAGAUAAUGCAUGAACUCUUGAAAACUCAAAACGUAAAUCGAUCGGUACUCGCAUUUAUACAAAAGCAGUUGAAGAAGAAAGGAAAUCCUUUCGUUGAUUUUCCGACAACUUUUACCGUGCCAUUGUCUUUUGUUCGUCAAGAUAAGGGACCAGUUCGAUUUCUUCAAGAGUUUAGUAAGGCAGAUAUGAGACCAUAUUCAUUAAAUCAAGUUGAAGAUUGUUUCUACAUUAGCUUAGAUGAUGAGAUUCCCGAGUCUUUGGAGGUAGCAACGCUUAAUGCUGAUGAUAGCCUUGGCAGUACUGAGUCGCAGCAAGUUCUCGUGAUGGAAACUUCGAAUGACGAGGGUGCGGAUCAGAAUGUCAAUAACGGGUAUGCUUCGGGGCUCGGGAUAAGCCUUACUUCGCGUGAGAACAUGGGUGAUUCAGGUGGAGCCGAGAUGUCUCCCAAAAAGAAUAUUAGGCACAAACAAUUGUUUUGGUUGUUACUUAUCCCUCAAGAAACAAGUAUUCAAGUAUACUUUUAUUCAAAAGCUAUAACUGCUAUGGAGCGGUCACGAAUUAUGAGACAUGUAAGAAAUUGUAUAGUAAAAAUAUCUGAGAGAGUUAAUAGAUUGAUAUUAUUAGAAGAACUUAAUGAAAAACGUCUCUGCAGCAAAUAUUUGGUACCCCCUGAUGACUCCACCGAUUACGACCCUACAUCAGAAGAAGAUGAUAUGCAAUCAAACGAAGGGCAACUAACCAAGAAAUUUAAAGUUGGUCAAUUCAGUUGUCCGAUUAUUUACAGACGCGCACUUCCUCUUCAUUUUCGAGUGUCACCAAAUGCUGUUUUGAGUAUAGCUAAUGAUAAACUUGGCCCAUUAUCUAUCUUGAACCGCAAAAACAUGUUUGUUUAUUCUGUUGAUAAAAAUAUUGUGUACAUUAAAUUAUCCGAAGUAGAAACCAAUGAAACCAUAGAAAACAUUACGGAGGCAUCUCCUUUAAUCAAUGCUGAUGCCGGGAAUAAUGGUCUGGCUGCACCUUUUGUUCCAAGAGUAGCCCCAAGAUCCAGGACCGUAGGAAGAGAGUUGGUGGUGGAUGUGUUUGGCUUGAACGUACCAGGCAAAGAAAGCGAAGAAAUCUUAAAGGGAUUGAUAUCUAGUUUAGAAACAAAAGUAAUACCCACUGCGACGCUUCCUAUCAUGUCUUCCUUUCUUGCUCGUAAUCGAAACGCCGCACUUACAAAAGAGGAUGUGGAAUACAUACUGCCAAUACAUAGAACUCCUAAGAACCUUUGGUUAGGUAUCCCAACUUCAAUUAAAAAUAUAUACGCUUUUUUAGUGUAUUUCAAUCAAAAUAUUUCUGGUCAAAUCUCUGGUUAUUUGAAAUCAUUAAGUGGGGAAGAAGUAGCCGCUGUUAUUAAGCGUCAUCAUGAAAGCCUCUAUGGAAUUGUUGGUAGCGAUAUUGAUAGAAGUGUGGACAAUGAAAGAGCGCCCUAUGAUAUUCGACUCCGGGAAUUUUCAUUCUAUUAUAAUUUCUCCACACGGACGCCAAUUGAAUUAAGCGUUGGAGAGGGAAUUGCUGGAAUUUGUUUGACAUUAAUCGACAGUGAUGGAAGACCAGUCUAUGAGCUUCCCUCGGAACAAAUUUAUAUGGGCGAUAAUGACAUGUCGGAUAUAUUGAAAUAUAUUUCAAAAGAAGAGACUAUUUUAUACGAUGUUAACAAUAAAUAUGAUUACAGAUUGUUCGUUGAACUUUGGACAGAGAGCACGCUCAAUUUGGAUAAACUAUUUGAAUAUAUGAAAAAGAGCUUCAGGCAAUGUCUAUGUGAUUACUUUAUAGAGGUUGCAAUCACUCAAGGUUUGGACCGUGAGCCAGAAAACUUUGUGGACAAUGGUACUUUGGAUGUCGAUAGAGAUCGUUCCGAGGACAAUCAGAGGAGAGAAACUUCUGUGGAUGACUAUGAGGAGCUUUCUGCGAAAGGUCAUGAGGAAGAACAUCCUGUGGAUGAAUACAAAGAAGGGAUUCCCGUGGAUGAUCACGAUGGCACCGAUAUAAAAGAAACAUCUGCAGUGGAGUACAUCGAUCCACGAGUCCAAGAAGCAUUUAUUAAACCAUCAUUGGAAUUAAUUGGCAGAGCGGUGGACUUGGAAAAUCCAACAUUGGUUAAAUUGACAGUGCAAUUAGAUAUGCCGUCAUGGAUGAUGGACGAUUUUUUGAAUGAAGUUCGGGAAGUUUUAUCAAGUGUUCAUCAUAUUUUCACACCCAUCAUUCUAAGAACGAAACCUAACGCCUCUAUGGUUGGAGAGGAGAAUGUUAUGUAUGAAAUAUAUCGACCAAAAAAUUCCACCCUGAUGAAAGAGAAGAUGAAAAUGGAUCCUCAUCAAUACCUGAUAAUUGCAGGUCUCAAGGAAUUGAAUCAAAGAUACGGAUUAUCUGAAAAGAUCGAUGACACACAAUUGGAAUCACUCAUGGGUACUACCGACGGAGCACAUUCCAGAAAGAGUUCUUACGCGUCAGCAUCGCAACGUCAUCUCCUAGAAGAGAUUAUGACACAUACCAUAACUCCCUCUAGUGAUAAUAGAGAUAAUACAAAGACAUUUAAGCUAUUCCGAUCUUGUUUCCUUUUUAUGACAAUCGAUGGGUUCGGUCUGUCAAUUUAUAUUUACAAUUGGCAGAAACAUAGCUCAGAUUAUGUAUUUACGGCGAUGACAAAAAUUUCUGAUUGGCAAAACAAGCGAAUCAAACUACUUAAUAACGUACUUCAUCAGAAAAUGGGAUUGUUCUAUCAUACCAAUGGAUUUUCCUUUAAAGCUCAGCCGGGUUUGAAUGCCGCUAAGGCUGCAGCACCAGUUACAGAUUGGUCACUUGUGAAUUCGUUAAUUAAUGAUCGAUUUCCUCCUCGUCCAAAACUUGAUGAACGAGUCGAUGGAACUAAAAAAAAUCCAGCUCCAAACAACGUAGAAUCCAAUGAAAAUAAGAAAAACCAAGUUUCACACAACAUAGAAUUGGAUGUCAAUCAAGUGUUACUCACGUCGAUGGACUUAAACGAAGUAUUGAAAGAAACAUAUAUCGAACUGUUUUCGGAGAAUGAACAAUCUUCAGAAGGUAUUGAUGCUCUCAAAAGACAUGGAAUGUCAUUCAUUGAAGAAUGGGAUCGCCAAAACAAGGUAUCCCUGGCCCACGAUAAUGCUCGAAAUGUGUAUAAAAAGUGGAAAAAAAGAAUUGAGGAUAACGGUGAGGGAAGUGAAAAAAUCUCGAGAUCCGAUUUCGAAAUUAUAUUUCGUACGUCACGACUUUUGCAUUGUGAUAGGGCAAAAGUUAUAUUCAACGAGGAUGUGUCAGAUUUGUAUAAUGAUAUGAUUUCCGCAUUCUCAAACGAGUAUUUAACCUAUCUUGAAGAUACUGGUAUGCAGAAAUUGUAUGGUGUGGACGACGGAGAUUCUGAAUCAGUUAAAUCGGACAAAGCAUCGGAUAAGUUUCCCACGACGUUUUUACUGAAAGCACUACGAGGUGGAACAAUUAUAUGUGAAGUGCAGAUUCAAAAGGAAAUUGUGUUCGUUACCUUGCACAUGCUUAAUCGACGUUAUGGUAAGAUUCGCGUAGUUAUACCGGGAUCUUCUUCGGUCGGUUACGAUAGGGAGAGUAUGAGAACAUUUACAGAGGAAUGCGGAGUGAUUAAGAAAAAAAUUCGUGUGAAUAAUUUUAUUUACGACUUUCAUCUUCGCUAUAUCAAGCAACAAUUAGAAAAGUCGACGAAGAAUCCUCUCAAAUUUAAUAUAAUUGAAAUUCUCAGAAGCAUUUCUCAUAAUUCAAAUUACGUGCGUCAUCGGGUUUAUCAUUACAUUUUUAGCGAAGAAUCGGAUUUAAUACCAGACGGUUUAUUCGAUUAUAUCGUCGCUCAUCCUCAUUAUUUUGGACUUUAUCCGAUAAUUUUCGGCGACAAACCGAUUGCGUGCUUCGCCAAGUCAGUUUGUGGGAACAGCUGUUCAAGCGAAUUAUGUGAUUUUCGUGCGGAUAAGCGAUUUGAGAGCACUCUUUCAAAAGAGGAACUCAUACCAUGCAUUAUGGUACUUUCUUUACCGCCGAAUACUGAAUGUGUUGCUGGAAAAAUAUACAUCGAAUAUCAUGUUAUCGCAUUUCAUGAUAAUGAUGGAUAUUCGAAGUCGAGAGAAGACUACCAAGGCAAAUUAAAAAUUCGUUGUUGCCAAAAGCUUGAAUCGAUUACGCGUCAGGCGAUAACAUACCAUCGACGGGACAAAUUAUGGGAUCAGCUUUACACACUAAAUAGAAAUCGUACUUCACACCACAUCAACGUCGAAGAGUUGAAAGAAUUAAUUGAGCUUUGUCAAACUCGUGAACUUGACACAAUCAAUUCUAAUUUCUGUCAUAUCUUGACCCUUUCCCUAAAUUGGACGGAACUGCUAAACUUUCUACUCGCUUAUUAUUCAAAAGAAUCAAGGGAAUUGUACGUUGAGCAAACUCGUCAUUUGAUGAUACUUAGCCCCCAUGAUCUUUUUAUUCACUUUAUUCUACCUCCAACUGUCGGAAGCUCGGGUUCGGAAAGAGAUGGAAUUAAUAAAUUGAUGGUGAAUGUUAUUUGCAGGGAAGUUGGGCAGCAGAACCAUGAAAAAGUUUUAGAUCAGUUUGUUGCUGAUAUUAAGGUGACCAUCAGUCACUGGCUAUGGAGAAAAUUGAUUAAUGCCUAA